AUGGCGGCGCGAUACGUUUCAAGUCAGCUCUCAUUCAGGCCAUCCAGGAGGGCGGGAGAAGCAUCGUGGUGGAUUGUAUCGAUAAGACGACCGCUUGGAACUGUCCAGCAGGCGUUCCUGCUACUAGCGUCCGAUCCGAAUUUGCUCAAAUCGUUGAAGAAAACAUUGAUUCUCUCCAGCCUACGACUGCCAUAG